UACUGAUAUUAUGUAUCACGAAUUUACUAUUCACUUGCAUGACUGUGUUUUGUGAAUCGAUAUCGACUCAUAACUUUGCAUGUGUCAUAACAUCACUAGACCAAUUCUUUCUUUUGUGGUAUCUUGUGUCUGUGCAGUGGUGAAAUAAUUUUUCACAAUGGGUAAGGGGAAUAACAUGAUACCAAAUGGCCAUUUCCAUAAGGAUUGGCAAAGAUUUGUGAAGACAUGGUUCAACCAACCUGCUCGUCGACACCGUAGGAAGCAGAACAGAAUUAAGAAAGCUAAAGCUAUUGCUCCCCGACCAGCGGCUGGCCCUUUGAGACCCGUGGUCCGUUGUCCGACUGUUCGCUAUCAUACGAAGGUUCGUGCCGGUCGGGGCUUUACUCUGCGUGAAAUUAGGGCUGCUGGUUUAAAUCCUGCAUUUGCAAGAACAAUUGGCAUAGCUGUUGAUCCCCGUAGACGCAACAAAUCAGUGGAGUCAUUACAGAUUAAUGUCCAGAGACUUAAAGAAUACAGAGCUCGUCUCAUCUUGUUCCCCAAGGGCAAGAAGGUGCUUAAGGGAGAAGCUAAUGAAGAGGAACGCAAGGUGGCCACGCAACUUAAAGGACCACUGAUGCCUGUACAACAACCUGCACCUAAAUCGGUUGCAAGACCUAUUACUGACGAAGAAAAAGACUUUAAGGCAUACCAAUACCUUAGAGGGGCACGUUCCAUUGCCAAGCUUGUGGGAAUUCGUGCCAAGAGGUUGAAGGAUGCCGCUGAGAAUCCUGAUGAUGUCACCAAGGCGCCUACUGCCGUUAAGGAAACUAAGGCUAAAAAGUGAAAAAUAAACCAAGUUUAAUAACUUUA